GUGAUUCAUCAUGAAGCUGUGCGUCAACUAGUCGUGCACAGCAAUUUAAAGGCAGGCUAUUCCGUCCCAUCCAGUAUCGCCGAGGUGGGUAUAACUCGUUUCUCCUCUUUCUGUCUCCAGGAAGGCAAGACGAGAGCGUCUCUCACACACGGAGCAGUCUCUUUCCAGGGAACGCUUUCUUUUUGUAUCACGUCUCAUACAAAGUAAGGAAAAGGACCAACGAUGCCUAAAGCGGUCAAUGUUCGCGUCACCACCAUGGAUGCAGAGCUGGAGUUUGCAGUCCUGCCCAGCACCACGGGCAAGCAGCUCUUCGACCAGGUGGUGAAGACGAUCGGCUUACGCGAGGUCUGGUACUUUGGGCUCCAGUACACAGACGGCAAAGGUUACCCAACAUGGCUGAAACUGGAGAAAAAGGUGGCGUCCCAGGACAUCAAGAAGGAGAACCCUCUGCAGUUCAAGUUCCGGGCCAAGUUCUUCCCCGAGGACGUGUCGGAGGAGCUGAUCCAGGACAUCACCCAGAAGCUCUUCUUCCUGCAGGUGAAGGAGGGCAUCCUCAGCGAUGAGGUCUACUGCCCCCCGGAGACGGCCGUGCUGCUGGCCUCCUACUCGGUGCAGGCCAAGUUCGGAGACUUCAACAAGGAGGUCCACCGGUCAGGCUACCUCACCUCGGACCGCCUGCUGCCACAGCGAGUGCAGGAGCAGCACCAUCUGUCCCGGGAGCAGUGGGAGGAGAGGAUCCAGGUGUGGCACGAGGAGCACCGGGGCAUGCUCAAGGAGGACGCUAUGCUGGAGUACCUGAAGAUCGCCCAGGACCUGGAGAUGUACGGCGUCAACUACUUUGACAUCAAGAACAAGAAGGGCACGGAGCUGUGGCUGGGCGUGGACGCGCUGGGCCUCAACAUCUACGAGAAGGACGACAAACUGACCCCCAAGAUUGGGUUCCCCUGGAGCGAGAUCCGGAACAUCUCAUUCAACGACAAGAAGUUCAUCAUCAAACCUAUUGACAAGAAAGCCCCGGACUUUGUGUUCUACGCGGCUCGCCUGCGCAUCAACAAGCGCAUCCUGCAGCUGUGCAUGGGCAACCACGAGCUCUACAUGCGCCGCCGCAAGCCCGACACCAUCGAGGUGCAGCAGAUGAAGGCCCAGGCCCGGGAGGAGAAGCACCAGAAGCAACUGGAGCGCGCCCAGCUGGAGAACGAGAAGAAGAAGCGGGAGGCCAUCGAGAGGGAGAAGGAUCAGAUGGAGCGGGAGAAGCAGGACCUGGUGAUGAGACUGUACCAGUUUGAGGAGAAGACCAAGAAGGCAGAGAGAGAGCUCCAGGACCAGGUCCAGAGGGCCAUGAUGCUGGACCAGGAGAGGCAGCGGGCGUCGGACGAGGCGGCGCGGCUGGAGAUGGAGAGGCAGGCCGCCCUGCUGGCCAAGGAGGAGCUGGCCCGCCAGGCCGAGGACCAGAUGAAGGGCCAGGAGCAGCUGGCUGCAGAGUUGGCCGAGCACUCGGCUAAGAUCGCCCUGUUGGAGGAAGCCAGGAGACGCAAGGAGGAGGAGGCAGACACGUGGCAGCACAGGGCCCGCGAGGCCCAGGACGACCUGCUGAAGACCAAGGAGGAGCUGCACAUGGUGAUGUCGGCGCCGCCCCCGCCCCCUCCCCCGCCCAUGAUGUACGAGCCCAUGGCGGUGAUGGACGACUACAGCGACAGCGAGGAGAAGUCGAGCACGCACAGCGCCGACCUGCACUACGACGAGAUCAACGACCACCGCUACGAGGGACGCCUCACCGAGGCCGAGAAGAACCAGCGUGUGCAGAAGCAGCUGAUGGCGCUGACCUCUGAGCUGGCCCAGGCCCGCGACACCAAGAAGACGCAGAACGAUCUGCUCCACACGGAGAACGUGCGCGCCGGACGCGACAAGUACAAGACCCUGAGGCAGAUCCGACAGGGCAACACGAAGCAGAGGAUCGACGAGUUUGAGGCCUUAUAAGGCCCCCAACCUUCCCCCCCCCCCCCCAACACAACCACCCCCCACUGCCUCUGCCUCGGCCCGGCCCCCGCACCAUGGUCACACCAACCUCCCCUUCUGAUUGGUCGCCUCGCUUUGCGCAACUAGGCCCUUCUAAUCUCCUUGGUGCACAUCACUUGUGCAAAAACACACACACACAUGUGCAGACACACACACACACACAAACCACACACACACACACACACACAUAUGCAGAUACGUAAACACUCAUGCACACCUAUACACAGGUACAUAAACUCACAGGAACCGAAUGCAUGUCACGUGUAGUGUGUGCACACGCACGCACCACAUACACACACAUACCGGUCGCACAUAGAUCACACUGUGGCACACAGAUAAGACUCCUCCGAAUACUGAAGCAGUAUGAGCAGAACGGCAGAUGUUCCUCGACGCCUGCCCUUCACAGAUGAUGGAAGCUCUCUAUUUUUUUGGUCUGCUAGGCAACACACAAGGCUUCUAUAAAUACGUAUAUAUUAUUACAAAAGUAACGUAGUGCCAAAUCCUUUUUCCUCUCUAGAGUCUACAAUCAUAUUUGUGUUGUUUUUUGGAUCAUGUGUAAUCUUACAAGCUCGAAAUUCAUUUUAACCAGAGGUGUGAUGAAAUUGUGGGGGGAAUAGCCAAAUUUUAUUUUUGUAAUAUUCCAUUAUGUGCACAUAGAUAAUGUAAUCAGUCUUGCUUCUUUGCAAUGUUUAUUCAUGUUUGUUGGAAGAGGUGUGAGUGAGACCUUUCACCGGGACAGCUUAUGAAAAGGGAAGGAGUAGAGAUAGUCUUGUUUUUAAAUACUUCCAUUCAUGUUUUAA